UGCAACGUUUCAAAUCCGAUUAAGAAUUUAUAAAUGAGAAUUACUCACGUCCGCAUGUAUUUAGCCUCGUCUGGCUCCAUUCCGUAAAAGGUGCGACAGGCGGUGUAAACAAAGUACGCAAAUAUCACAAAUAUGACCACUAAAACCGAUAUAACAUCGACAAGAAUUAACAUUAAACAAUUAAGCUAAAUUUGUGCAUUUCGAACAGUUUUAUUGUUGACAUUACAUUUGAGUUGGUUGAUACCGCGCGCACCCGUCUUUGCCGACUAAUCAAUACUCAAACCGACCAAUCACGACGCGAAGAAACCGGCGCGAAUUAUUCAAAUUGAUUAGAUAAAAACGCUGAUAAAUUACUUUGAUAAGUUUUAUUGUUAUCAAUGGCGGACGGUAAGAGAAGAGUUAUUGUCGACGUGGACGUCGGCACCGACGAUUUCCUCGCACUUUUAAUCCUGCUAAAUGCCGAGAAAAAUCGAGAAAUUAAAAUUGAAGCCAUUGUGUGUUCCAUGGGGAACACAACAGUGGAUAAUGUUUGCAUUAAUGUGAUGAGGCUCCUCGAGACUGUUAAAAGGACUGAUAUCCCGGUGUUCAAAGGGGCUGCCAAACAAUUUAUACCACCCACGCACCCAAUCAAACUUUUCCACGGCAAGGACGGUUUUGGGGAUUUUAUGCCAAAGGGGCUACCAAAUAUGGAAACGGUGCAGGAGCCAGCAGCUUCACUAAUUGCAAAUAUCAUUCUUGGUGAUCCUGGAGAAAUUAGUCUCAUUUGUGUCGCCCCAUUGACUAAUCUAGCCCUGGCGUUGCGUCUUUAUGGGAGUUUUGCUGAUUCUAUUAAAGAUUUGUGGAUUAUGGGGGGUAAUUAUACCGCCGUUGGAAACAUCACCCCCACAGCAGAAUACAAUUUCUACAUAGACCCAGAAGCAGCGUUUAUCGUCCUCGACACGAUCAAAAAACCGAUUUUUAUCCUCACAUGGGAGACUUGUCUCUACCCAAAAAUCACAUUUGAUUGGCGUUUUAAUGUUUUUGGUGCGAAAACAAACCCGGCUAUUCAACUAUUAAACCAAGCCGAGAGGAGUAUCUACAAAAAAGACGAGAAAAUUUGGCUACCUUGCGACGCUUUUCUCGCCGCUGCUUUCCUCAAACCUGAAAUAAUCACGAAAAAAAGUCAACAUUAUGCAAGUGUUGAGCUUCACGGGGCUCAAACACGAGGGCAGAUCGUCCUCGACCAUUUAAAAACCAAAAAAGAAAACGUUACGAUCAUCGAAGAGAUCGACACUGAAGCAUUCAAACAAAUACUCAACGAUUUGUAACAAAAAAUAAACGCUAAACUAGACUUUUAUUCAAAUAAAACAUACGUAACCCUUAACAAAACA